AAAGAAAUGGACGACAAAGAGGAGGAGAAUGCCGUGCUGGCGCUGUAUCCACGGGCUCACGAGCUCCCUCCCAGGGCUCCUCCAGCACAUGAGACGAAUUUCACGCACUACUUCGCGCUUGAUGUGGGAGGCAAGGAAUUUCACGAUCAGUACCUCUACCGCCAUGGAAACGGACUGUGUGUUGUAGGACUGGCUCCCUCUCAUUUGGCUUUGCGCUCUCCAUCGAAGAUCAAAAUCGUAGACUACGAUGUUGGAAAGAAGAGCCGUGCUGACAUGAAAGCCAGUGGAAGGAGAAAAAAGGAUGCGCAAGUUCUAGAAGAGAAUUCAUCCCUGUGCAAGGUUUCCUCGGAGGAUGCCGAGUUUCUAGUGAGGUGUUGCAUAAGAGGGCAACUUCUAGAGGUGAACGAGCGCUUGACAAGCGAUCCUUCGCUACUAUCUCCCAGCCUCGCAAGGCUACAUUGCGAUUCUAAUGCCAAAGCCAGAAGCAUGGAAAAAGGCCGAGAAAUCACUCCUCACUCGAGAGCAAUACAAGCAGCAAAGAAUGCAACAGGAAUGAUCAUCUAUCCAUCUCUUCUCCAAUUUUUUGCAGAGCUACUUUUCUUCGUGAGGGACCUCUGCUUGAGGCCACCUUUGUUGACGAACUGGAAGAAUUCAUCAGGAAAACAAUACUUCGUAACUCAUACCAUUAAAACACCUCCCUGAAAGAGUGCUAAAUGCUUCCUCCCUGAAAGAGUGCUAGGCCUUGCAUAAGUGCUUCCAUGGCAUCAAGGUCCUAUAAGCAUGGCAAUAUCAAGAAAGACAAUAGAAGAUUCUUACAAGGUGAU